AUGGCUACCGGAUCCAGUCGACCCGAUCCAUCUUUCAAGCCCUCCGGUCGAUCACUCAUCCCCGCGGCCAAGGAUCUAAAAGCUAUAGAAGCCGCUAUCACUAGUUCGGAACCCCUUAUUAAGAGAGUCGAUUUCGAUGACGAAGGCGACGACUUGAAAUGCCCAGUUUUGGAUUAUUAUCCCCACGUCGUUAAUGGUGGGUUCGUCAUGAAUCCUAAAUCCAUCAAACCCUUUCCCCCCAGUUUCGAAGAUGAUAGCUUUCGGGAAGAGAAGGGACUCCCUGCUUUAGGUAUUCAUCACCGAGAUGGGGUUUUGUUUGCUGUUAAUCAUGCCCAACCAGAUCUUUGUGACACAGCUGUUACUUAUCCUCGUCUUGGUCUGGUUGCCACUAUUUCUGGAGGAAAGGUGGAUGACUGCUCACAGUUGCUUGGAGAACUGAAAACCAAGGUUUCCCCCUUUUUGAAUCUAUUGUUGUCUUAG